AUGUGGUUGGCGACACCGGCAUCUCGCCGCAGUGAGCGGGAGCGGCAGGCAGAACAAUGGGAUUCCAAGGUGAAUUCAAGCGAGGUGGGCCGUGCAGUGACGACGCGGGCCGCGCACAGUCCUGCUGGUGAAUCGAGCAAGGCAGGCAUCGAGCUCUCGCAACAAAGUUCGCAGGCAGAAACCCUCGACGAGGGACACGGCACCCUGCCAGCCACGAGUGUUGUCAAGCUGUGGCUCGUCUUGGACGAGCGGGCGCGGCUCCUCUCCGUGAAUCUGCCGGAAAACGUCGUGACAGGACGGGGGUUCAAAGCCAACGGCGGACGGAGGUCGAAGAGCGAAAGGGCGGUGGCGCCUGAGCCGGGCUGGGAGAGUGUCGGCCAAGGAUGCCCUACAGACCGCUGGCGCAUGACGGACCGCACUGAGCAGGCCUAG